AUGUUGGAGUCUUGUCGUGGCACAAGAAAUAUGGAUAGAAUCAGUAAUCUACCAAAUGAGAUUAUCUGCCACAUCGGUUCUUUCAUUUCAGCAAAGGAGGCUGCUUUCACAACGGUUCUCUCGAAGAGAUGGCGAAAUCUCCUUACCAUCAUACCCAAACUUCAUUAUGAUGGCUUGGUUGAUGAUGAAGGGAGUUUUGAGGAUUUUUUUGAUGGACUAUUGGCUAUACCAGUGAGCACUCGUAUAAGGACACUAUCUCUAAAAUGCAACCAUAUGGCUCAGUAUGAUGAACAUAUCAACCGUUGUCUCUGUGAGGUGGUGAAGCGUGGUGCUAUGGUUCUUGAACUCCAGAUAGAGGUCGCUAAAGAAGGUUCUUAUUCACUGCCUUUGGAGAUAUUUACUUGCAAGACAGUUGAGAAAAUGGAACUUGGGUCUGGUUUUGCUAUUGACUUCAUCCCUGCGGAUGCUUUGAUUCCAGCUCUCAAGACUCUUUCUCUUGACUCUGUUUUGUUCUAUAAUGAUUUUGGUGGUGGUUGUGCGUUCCAAGCGCUUGUCUCUGCUUCCCCUGUGCUUGAGGAGUUGGUCAUGGAUGGUAUUGAGUGGGAACGUUGGAGAUGGUCUUGGGCUGUGUCUAGUCCGACCCUUCAAAGACUGACUAUCCAACGUCAAGUGUGGGAUUCUAAUGAGAGAUAUGGUAAUAGUAACAAUGUACUAGAUUCUCGGGGUCUUGCCUAUGAUUUUGACAGCAUUAGUUUGGAUGCUCCGAGUCUUACCUACUUGGAGUAUUCUGAUUAUGUUCCAAAAGAGUAUCCAAUUGUUAAUCUCAACUCCCUUGUUGAAGCUAAGCUCGAUCUUCGUGUGGACCAAGAUUCUAUAUGGGGAGGCGAACAUGCAGAAGAUUUCGAUCCAAUGAAUAUGGUUAAUGGGUUAAAAAAUGUUGAGAUUUUGGACUUAACCAUUGAAACUAUGGUGAUGCUUUAUGUCUACCGUGAAGCGCUUCCAGUGUUUGGAAACCUCUUUCAGGUAUCUGUUAGCCUUUCAAGCUACUGUUGGUAUUCUCUACCGAUUCUCAUAGCAAAAUCUCCAAAUCUCAAGACACUCAUCAUUGAGGAUUCCGAUCACUGUGUAGAUGAGAAAGCAUUGGUGUGCGUGUGCCAGUGCGUGUCAGAGACGUCUGACGUGUUAUCUUCUUCUUUGGAAGUCCUAAAUAUAACCGGGUACAGAGGAACUAUGGGAGAGCUUGUUGUGCUGAUGGAGCAUUUCUUGGGAAAAUUAGCAUGUCUUCAACUGGUGGAAGUUCAUGCUCGAGUGUCAGGAGGUGACGAAAAGCUAAAAGUCUUGUCGGAUCUGCUAAUGCUUCCUAGAGUUUCUUCCAAGUGCAAAAUCCAAGUCAAGUUUUCUCCAAAGCGUUACUAA